AUGGAGGGCUUCGAUACUAUGGCCAUGCCACCAUAUAUGACCAGCCCACUGUCACUGGGAAAUUUGCAGGGGACCGAUUACUUGAAUGCAAUGCCGGGUCUUGAUUUACCGGAUCACCGGUCAACUUUUGAUUCCGAGACCUUUGUUAGUGAUGAUCUCGCUUUUGUGCCUCCCAGUAUCUCCCAUGGACUCAAGCGCUUCCCAUACGAUGAGGCUUUCAACGAUCUGGUGGCUCCCUUUGACCCGGUGCCCCAGGAACAACCCCAGGACUCCUCCUCGAUCGACCACAACAACAAGCUCUUGAGCUUCUCGGGUCCGGUAUAUCACUUUACUCUGCUGGAUUACUCGAUGCGCCGAGCCAGUUUGUCCGUGUCGGCUCAGUUGCACGGAAUGUUUUUUCUGGCGGAGUCCCCGUAUACAACGUCCCCUUCCGACAACGCCCCACCACAGCAAGGUGCCGAGUUAACUUGCUACCGCCGCAACUUGUUCCAAAUCACCGGCUCAGUCACGUUGCCGCGGGGGAUGCGCUAUAUUAUGACCGAUCAAGGUGACCGGAUUCCAAUCCUCGCCCAGGAGCUCACGGUAUCGGCCACCGAAUCCGUCGAAGGAAACCCUGUGAAGAUCAUUUCGGUGCCCUGGAAGACGCCCUCUGCAGCUGCCGCCAAUUCUGGCGCGGCGCUCGAGGAGAACAAUCCAACCACUGGUGCCAAGAUCGAGAAGGAGCCCCAACCAAUUAAUUUGGAUAUCAUGGCCGGCCAGGAUCUGGACUCGGACUUUGCAACCUUCCCUAUUGCCUGGAAACGGUUACAGUUCCGUGUCGCGACUGCCAACAAUGGACGCCGAAAGGAGUUGCAGCAACAUUUCGUCGUUCGGCUCAAGGUUGUUGCAACCUUGUCCACCGGCGCGAAGAUCCCUAUCUCAGAGGUCCAGUCGGGUCCUGUCAUUGUCCGUGGCCGCAGUCCACGUAAUUUCCAGUCUCGCAAGGAUCUCCCUCUAAGCGGUAGUGCCGCUGCAUCUCGAAAGAAUGCUCAGGCCAACUCUACAAACUCCACUCUCAACCGGACACCUACCAGCGAAUCUGUCCAGCGUCGUGCCAGCGUGACUCCGGCCAAGUCGAAGCCCACCGCUCAGAGCAGCUCCCCGGAAACAACAUCAGUUCCGCCGCCCAGUCUCAUGCAGCAGACGCAAGCCACGCCAGACUGGACACCCAUUCCGCAGUCGACAUCUAACAAUGUCAUGUCUCAUCAACAGGCCCUCUUCCCCAACUCUAGCCCGGAGCAAUUAUCUCAGAUGACUGAUUCACAACGCCGUGUGAGCACUGCUGCUGCACCAAUCAACCUGUCAUUACUCGACGAGGAAGAAAGUGGCGACCCUAAUCUUCAUCUCGAUCCAUUAAAGAUGCCAUCCCCCUUCGCCACCGAGCUGUCUCACCAGCGAUCUAUGAGUCUCGACCAUGCCGGUCCGCCUGCUAAGAUGCGCAAGCUUUCUCACGCAGUCUCUCAGACCCCAUCACGGAGUGUGGCUUCUUCAAUGCCUCUGCUGGAAACUGCAAACCUCCCUCAGCCAUUUGCAUCCUCGCUCCCCUUCCCGAACGAAAGCAACGAUCUUCUCUACGAAUAUUUCCCUCUCGGGUUAGAUGACUGGCAAGUUCCCGUUGACGCCGUCUACCGGCCACACGUGGUGCACCAUACCAACAUGCCCGAGAUGAAGUUCGUAGCCUCACGAGGCCGCAGCAAGCGGUACUUUGCUGCAGAAGAUGUUUUUUAA